AGUAGAUCUCCAGGAGCAGGGUUGGUGACCACUGCUCUAAACAUAUAUGUAUUGACAACUACCAACAUUUCAGGAUAAUUUUCCCAAAUAAUACAAAAGUGUUAAGAUUUAAUAAUCGCCUUUAAGUGUACAGUGACUAACAAGUCAUCAGUAAGUCUCGUUAACAGUAGCUCAGUGGUUGAGGUGUUGGACAACUGCUCAGAAGGUUGUGAGUUCGAAUCCUAGUGCUGCCACUGCUGGGGCCCUUGUAACCCUCAGCUGUUUAGUUGUCUAAAAAGGACAUAAAUGUUAGUUGCUCUGGAUAAGGGUGUCUGCCAAAUGCCAUGAAUGUAAUGUAAAUGUAACAAACUACAGUACAGUUGCUCCUCCUGAUCAGUCUUGAGGCUCCAGCACUAGCCUGAUGUAGCCAGUAGGGGGAGCAGUUGGGUUCGUUUAUAAACCCGGACUACUGGGGAUGAUGUGCUUCACUGCAACUCGCAGCAUCUCUCAGGGAGCCACCCAAAAGCCAAUGGAGAGAGUGUGUAUGCCCGCGAUUUGUAAACCUCCAGUAUACGAGCCGACCAGACAGUCUGGAGACCCAGCGGCUCGCGACGGCGAAUAGUGGCGUUAUAACGCUCCUAAUCAUCGAGUACACACAAAGUCAACAAAAGAGGAACAAUACAACAACCAGUACUGUUCAGAUUUAUAUCAGCCAAGCGGGAUCAGUUCAGGAAAUAAAGUCUUACAGCUGCCAUUCACUAUGAAGAAGAGCCAUCUGGUCAAAAGGGGUGUUCAGGAUGCCACGCCGCCGUCCUCACAGCCAGACAAAGUGGGCUGGAUCCGCAAGUUCUGUGGCAAAGGCAUUUUCAGAGAAAUCUGGAAAAAUCGCUUUGUGAUGCUCAAGGGUGACCAUCUGUAUAUUUUCGAAAAAGAGAUGAAGAAUGAUGGGAAGACACAUGAAGUGUUUGACCUGGCUGAAUAUGAGCGAUCAGAGGAGGUGCGCAAAGCCAAGAGUCGCAGCAAGAAGAACCACAGCAAGUUCACUCUGCUGCAUUGCCGGCAGCCUGGGGUCCGUACUCCCAAUCUUGUGUUCUUGGCUGUUAGUCCAGAGGAAAAGGAGUCUUGGAUCAAUGUUCUCAACACAGCCAUUACAAGAGCCAAGAACCACAUUCUGGAUGAGGUUACGAUUGAUGAGGACAGUCUGUUGUCUCACCCAACACGUGACCGCCCCAAGAUCCCUCUUGCACGCCGCUUGCCCACACGGGGUCAUCUUAUGGCGGUGGCCUCGACCUCUUCAGAUGGGAUGCUGACUCUUGACCUCGUGCAUGAGGAGGACGCUGGCAUGCUAGAACAUGAUCAUGCUGUGUGGGUAAAGGACCAUCGGGGAAACCUUGACUUGUUGGCCCCUGCAAGAAAGCGUGCUGGCACUGAUGUCUCCAGACCCCGAGAGACCCCUGUGGAGGGCAGGGUGAAGACCAGCAGCCUGCCUCGUGAGAGUGAACUUUCCUGGAUCCACCAGAGCCAGACUCAAACCCCUCAGCAAGGGAAGAAUCCUGUAGCCCUGGGAAGAAUUCACUGUGGCUCACUGGAUAACACAAUGAGUCUCACAAGCCACCUUCACGACAUAAUCACCCAGCGGCUACAGAGGACCCAGGAACUAUUGGUGGAGAUCCAGGGGCAAGAGCCCCAAAGAGGAAGAAUGGGUUGCUACCCCCAUCUGAGGGGCAUAGAUUCUCCAUGGCUGUGCCAUUUAAAGGGCUCAGAUUCCCCCCAAUCUAAGAGCUCCAGCUCCUAUAGCUCAUCUCACGGGAAAAGCACAGACUCUCCCUCCCGAAUUAAGGCCAAGGAUUCACCCAGCUCUAAGACAAAGGACUCGCCUCGUGUCAAAGGGAAGGAUUCCCCUCAUUCAAAAUCCUCAAAGUCACCUCACUACAAGGACCAGUUCCGUUCAAAGAGUGUUGACUCACCUGAUUCAAAGGCUUCCUGCUCACCCAGUAUGAAAUGCAUUGAUCUGACCCACAUCAAGGGUUCAGAGUCACCCAUUUCCGCUGGCAACAAUUCACCCUAUUCAAAGACCGUUGACUCACCUAAUUUGUGGCUUUUGAGUUCGCCCCAUUUUAAAGGGAUGAAGGACACGGACACAUUUACUGAGUUGCUGGACUGGGAGAGCAGGAGGGCAGCAACUGAACGGUUGCUACAGGAAGCAAUCUCCUCGUGGGAGGAAGCAAGGGAGGUUCUGGCAGAGGUGAAGGAGCUCCAGGCUAGACAGAAGCAAGCAGAGCAGAACCAAACUCCAGCUCCUUCAACCCUCUUACAGGACAGGAAGCAGGGAACCACCUGACACCUCCACACCCAGUCACAAUGAUGUAAACUACUAGAACUAUUCAAAAUAAAUGACAUGAGAGAGCACAAUAAAUACAUGAAUUGCACUGGGAACAGUUCCUUUUCCUACACUUAAUUCUAUCAUACAUUGUUGAUAAUAUUCAUUCUUAAUAUUCCCUUCAACACCUCAGGCCCUUGUCUUUGCACUGGAAGUUUUUACUGUAAAUUUUACUGUAAGUUGUACCCUUCUUUUAAAUAAUGUAAAGGUUCAUUUCAAUCUUAAACUAAUAUCAGUAUACUUCAUGAAUUUCUGUUAUAUUGUUUACAGUUGGAGUCAAUGUUAAAUCUGUUUACAACAGUUUUAGAUAUGAAGUGACUAUGAUGCAGAUACACCAGACACAGAUAAAGACCUGUGGUCAUGUUGUCAUACAUGCCCUCUCACAGACCUUUUGACCAAAAUGUACAUUUUUAUUUCAUUAUAAUCUUUCUAUUAAAUGACAGAACUUUCAUUCUUCAAAAAUAAAAUGCCAAUUUAUCUCAA